AUGCAGGCCUGAGGCUGAGUCGGGUGAAGUUGCCAUCGGAGUCUCCGCUGAACCCUAGCAUACAUGCACCAAAGGCCUCAGACUCCAAGGCGGCCGGGAGAAGCGUGCACAAGUGUCUUGGUAUGCGUUUGAACGAGAUCCCAGGAUCAGUCGAGAUUCUUCGGGCUGUUGCCAACCCGAUAUGGGAACUGAUGUGUAUCCCACAUAGUGCGAUGAGCGUUGGUGUUGUAUAAAGAUCUACUCCGCAUCCCCAGGUUUUACUUCCCCAGAUCAUCAGUGAAUUCUGAAGAUUGAUUGGUCCUCUCCGCAUCUCCACAUUACCCUAAAGACCUCGUGUUCCGAGAUCGACAUACUUCUCUUUACUUUCCUCCACCUGGACUCCAGUCACCAUGUUUUCCUCUGAGAAGAAGGACAACGAGGUUGUCAUGCUCGAGCAGCAGAGAACCAAUGAAGAGUAUCCAGAGAAGUCUGUACCGGCCAUCGCGAAGGUCGAUUACUCGGGUGCCUACGAGAAAACCGACCCCAGAGAAAUCGCUCUUGUAAAGAAGCUCGACCGAUGGAUCAUGCCCAUGUUGUGGUCCAUGUACUGGCUUAACUACCUUGACCGCAACGCUAUCGCUCUCGCUCGUCUCGAUGACCUUGAGGAGGACCUCAACCUCACCAGCACACAGUACCAGACCUGUGUGUCCAUCCUCUUCGUCGGUUACCUUCUGGGUCAGAUCCCCUCCAACAUGUUCCUCAACCGAACUCGUCCUUCUCGCUACAUGGGUAUUUGUAUGAUGCUCUGGGCUGUUGUCUCCGCCCUGACUGCUCUGGCCAAGGACUUCAAGGGUCUCCUGCUCACACGUUUCUUCUUAGGUGUCACUGAGGCUCCUUACUACCCUGGUGCUGUCUACCUUCUCUCGAUGUUCUACAACCGUAAGGAGGUCGCCACUCGCAUUGCUAUCCUCUACACCGGUAACAUCCUUGCCACUGCCUUCGCUGGUCUGAUUGCAGCUGGUAUCUUCCACGGUCUUGGUGACGUUGCUGGAAUUUCAGGUUGGCAAUGGCUCUUCAUCCUCCAGGGUAUCGUCACCUUCCUGCUUGCCAUUGUUGGGUGCUUCCUCCUUCCCGACUUUCCCCACAACACCUGGUGGCUCACACAGGCUGAGCGCGAUCUUGCUGUCUCUCGCAUGGCUAUCGACACUGUCGGCAAGAGUGAGGACACCUCUGUCUGGACCGGUUUCCGACAGGCCGCUAAGGACCCCAUGGUCUGGGUCUUCGCUUUCAUGGCACACAUGCACUUGGCUGCCAAUGGUUUCAAGAACUUCUUCCCCACUGUCGUCCAGACCCUUGGAUUCAACACCACUAUCACCCUCGUUCUUACCUGCCCUCCCUACCUUAUCGCCGGUGCCGUCACCAUCGCUGUCUCUUGGUCGUCCGGAAAGUUCAACGAGCGCACAUGGCACAUCACCAUCUCCAAGAUUGUCGCUACCAUUGGUUUCCUCGUUGCAUGCGCGCCCCUCGGUGUUGCAGGCCGCUAUGUCGCCAUGGUCAUUUUUACCAUUGGUACAUACGGUGUCAAUUCUCUCAUCCUGGGUUGGUGCGGAUCCACGUGCGGUCAGACCCCUGAGAAGAAGGCUGUCGCCAUUGGUAUCGUCACUACGAUCAUGAACGCCUCAUUCAUUUGGACCCCCUACCUGUGGCCCAAGUCCGACGCACCCCGCUACGUCAUCGCGCUCUCGUCUUCCGCUGCCUUCUCCAUCGCCACCUUCGCUACUGCUUGGGUCGCUAAGAUCAUCUUCAUGCGCCGUAACAAGAAGCUCCGCGAGUCCGACAGCGAAACCCAGACCUUCUUUGUCUACUAAGCGCUUGCGAACUCCGAUGCACUGUGUGCACGAGCUCAUAGCGAACUGUUCACGAAGAUGGAUGGGAUUGGAUAUGAUUGAUCUAUGAUUUAUGAGAAAGACAAUGAGGUGAUAAUAGAGCGCUGGGUCCUGUAUAGAACGUGUCUGUUCAUAAAGCA